AUGGCUCAUUUAUAUAAAAAUGCAUCCCAAAACAACCUUUAUCAAUCUCAAACAAUUCCUAAUUUCAGGACGGCAAAUCCUGUUGUUUCUUCUCUACCUAAAUAUAAUGAUUGGUUAGGAUCCCAAGAAGGCAAUCUACUAUUAAAUGCACUCAAAAAAGAAAAUCAUGCCCUGAAAGAACAUGUAUCUAAAGUAAUAGUAUUCUUAGAAUUAAACAAUAGAAGGAUAUCUUAAAAAUGUUGUCAAAGUAUUUGACUCUUUGAAUGUUGAAAACUCUAAUUUGAGAAAAGAAAUUGAAUAAAGGACUGAAGAUUUACAACGGAUAAUUGAAUCUACAACUAUCAAUCAAACUUUAAAUGAAUAGGAUCUCAAGCAUAAAAUAUAAUUGUAUGAUGAUGAAAUUAGAGUACUUAAUUAGCAUCUUAACAAUAUUAAAGGAGGAGAUUAAAUGUAGAAAUCUCUUUUGGAGGAAAAGGAAAUUUAACUUAAGAAAUCUAAAGAAUUAAUUUUAAGAUUAGAAUCCAAUAUUAGUAUUAUGUAUUAGAAAGAAAAAGACAUUUCAAAUGAAGCACAAACUAAAGAUCUAAAAAUUAAAGAAUUAACUGAUAAAUAUAAUGAAUUAAAUAAAAAGUAAAGGCCAUUGGAAGAAAAAGUAAGAUCAUUAAAUUUAUAAAAUGAUAAUUUGACAUAAAAAGUUGAUUAAUUGGAAAAAGCAAAAAAAAAAAUUGAAGAAGAUGAAGAUGGAAAAGUCAAAGAUUUGUUUUCUCAAAAUUAUUAAUAGAGAAAUGAUUUAGAACAUCUAAAACAUUUAUGUAGUCAAUAAGAAUUAUAAAUAAAAGAAUUAAAAUCUGAAUUAAGUUUCUUCAAAUAAGAGAACUACCCAUAAUAAAUAAUCAUAUUAAAAUAAGAGGCAAAUAAUAUUUAGUAAGAAUUGAUAUUGGAAUAAAAGAGACACAACAACUCAACACAAAGAGAACAAUCUUUAAAUUAGUAACUUACUUCUACUAAUUUAUUGUUAGAUGGGUUAUAAAAUAAAUAUAAUCUAUUGUUAUAGGAUUAUGAAAAAUUAAAAUAAGAUUAUGAUAAUGAUAUGGAAAAAAUGAAUUAAAAAUCAAAAUAAAUGCUUGAAAAAUAAAAGAUAUUAAAUUAAUAAAAUAUCUCAGAUCUAAAUUUAGAAAUCUAAAAAUUAGAAUUUAGAAUAAAAGAACUCAACUUACAGAUUGAUUUACUACAAAAGGAGAAUUAAUUAAAAGAAAAACAAUUAUUAGAAAUGAAAUAAUUAUAAAUGGAUUUGGAAAACUCAAGGAGAGAAUUGAUUGAAUAAAAAACUAUUAUUGUUUAAAGAGAUCACAAAAUUGAAAUUUUAACUUAAUAAUAUAAUGAACAUAUGGAGAGUUUAAAAAAAAAGUAUUAAGAUUUGGAUGAGAGAUAUAAUAAUUUAUAAGAACUGUUUAGAAAAGAGUAAGAAAAAAAUGAUAGUCUAUUUAAAUAGAAUGAAAAGAUGUAAUGGUAUAAAGAAUAGUAUGAUGAGAUUGAAGAAAGAUUAAGAAAAAUGAAACUAUUAUAAGAGAGUUAGAGAAUAGAAAUUACAACUUAUUAAUCAAAAAUUAAUACAUUAGAGAUUGAAAUUGAAGAAAUUAAAUAAUCUUACAGUACAAAUUAAUAGGAAAUGGUUUAAAUAUAAGCAUAUACAAGAAAAUUAGAAAAGCAAAUUGAAGAAGUAGAAUAAUUGAAAUAAGAGAAUAAAACUUUGAGAGAAACAAAUUUUAGAGAAGCCAUAGCAUUUUAGAACACAAAUUAAACACAUCAUAGAAAAUCAACUAUUUCAAAAUAGGAAGAAUAAGAUUCUGGAUCAAAAGAGCCUGCAAAUAUAUAUACAAGAGGAUUUAAUGUUACAUCUAAGUAUUUUAUUUGAUUGAUUUUAGUAAAACCUUGACUACUUAACCAUCUCAUUAAUAAUUAAAAUAAUAACAAUUGCAGAGAAUGAGCAAUCAAAAUUCAAACCAAGAUUUAAAGAAUUAUGAUGUUCAAACAGAUUUGGAAUACAGAAAUUAUCCAUAUAGAACAUAUUAUAAAAAUAAAUGA